AUGGAAUUUGUCGGACAGAUUUCACUCGAAUUGCAACGAUACUAUCAUGCAGAAGGCUUGGAUGAUGUCCGCGUCAUUCGUGAUCGACAAACCAAGCAAUCAAGAGGAUUCGGCUUCCUCCGCUUCUCGAGUCAAGAGCAGGCAGAGGAUUUCAUGGACCGGAAUUAUCCUUUUCUCUACCUCUAUGGUGACAACGACAAGUCUAAUGGAGAUUCAUCCAAAGUUCGGAUCGCUUUCGGCCGCGAACGAAAAGAGCCGGUUCGGUCUGAAGAUGCCGACUGGAUCUGCACUGUGUGUACUAUCAACAAUUUCUCCACUCGAAGCAGAUGCUUCCGAUGUCAGGCUUUGAGACCAGAACCCGGUUUCGAGGUACCCGCAAAAGCACCGAAUGUCGGAGACAAUGAUGUCUCUCCCGAUAAUGCGCCAUCGCAAUUCUUGCUGUUCCGCGGCCUGGAACCCUCAGUCACGGAAGAGUUAUUUGCCAAAGGCGUGGCUAAGUUGAACAAACCUGGCUCAUCAACCACUCAACGAGAUGAAGCAUCCGGCAAGAAGGGGGCGAAAGUUGCCUCGACGACUGGAGAUGCCAAUCUCGGAGCUAAAGAGGGCACACUCAGACGAGUGCUUCUAGUACGUGAUCGCAGGACCAACGAGAACUGGCGCUACGGAUUCGCAGAGUAUGCUUCCAUCGAAGAUGCGCAGGCUGCAUUGACACGGUAUAAUUCGUUCGAGCGGUUCACUAUUGCUUCCAAACAGGUCUUGGUCAGCUACAUUCACGCCGGAGUCUUUGUACCCGUCCUGAACCCCUCGGCGAGCACGAAACGAUUCACAUUCAGUCCACUAGGCAAUCCGGCCAUGAAGCUGGCAUACUGGGACGAGAAUGCAUAUGUCGCGGAGCUGGCCGUGUCGAAGCCUGCAUCGAGGUCAGACAAGAAAUCGUCCACAGCGGACGGCAAGACGUCCAAAGAAACGACUGACAAGCCUAAGAAGCGCAAGGCACAAGCGGAACCCGAGACGGCGGGAGUCGUCAAAAAGCCAGCACCAUCCCAUCUCCAAUUCUGGAGCAACAGACACGCCGAGCUGCAUGGCAUUGGACAGAAGUCAGGCGACAGUGGUGGCAAGGACGAAAACACCCCCAACAAAUCGAGUGAUAACAAAAACAACGGCGACACGGCUGCCCCUCCGUCCCAGUCGUACGCCGACCCCGACCGACGGUGCUGCUACCUCUGCAUGCGCCAAUUCCCCAACAACGCCGAAGUCAACAAGCACGAGCGUCUGAGCGACCUGCACCGCCAGAACCUCCGGGACGAGGCGAAAGUCAAGAAAGCCCUCGCCAAACUGGCCAAGCAUGGCAUCCAGCCGAACCAGCCCGUCGUGUCGGCCAUGCAGUACCGCGACCGCGCGCGCGAGCGACGCAAGAUCUACGGCGUGGUCAACAAGAAGGGCGAACAAGUGCAGCCUCCCCCUCCUCCUCCGGGGGCGCAACGGUCGGCGAAACAACCGGCGUCCUCGGGAUCGGGCGACGAUGCCGACGAACCUGCCGCUCCUGUGUCUGUGCCUGUGCAAUCAAAGGGUGCUUCGCUGCUGAGUAAGAUGGGAUACACGGCCGGGCAGGGUCUCGGGGCUUCCGGCGAAGGCAUGACCGCACCAAUCAGUCAGGAUGUCUAUGUUGCCGGCGUCGGGCUCGGUGCGGAGGGCGGCAAGGUCGGCGAUGCGGUCGUCGAGGCCGAGCGGAAUACUAAGGGCGGCUAUGAUGCUUUUGCGGAGAGGACCAGAGAAGGCGCCAGAGAGAGGUAUGCUCGGUUAGGUUAG